CAAUUCUUGUGGAUUGGGGAGUGCUCUCUUUCUCUCUUUCCUUCUUUCCUUCUGUCUCUCUUUCCCUGUCCCUGGCCUUUCUUGAACUUAUCCACUUUCUCAUAUCUUUUCUCUCAUAGUUUCUAGGCUUUCCAAUUGAAGUGAUUAAGAUGAGAAAACCUUGCUGUGAUAAACAAGACACCAACAAAGGAGCUUGGUCUAAGCAAGAAGACCAGAAGCUCAUUGACUACAUCCGAAUCCAUGGUGAAGGUUGCUGGAGAUCACUCCCUCAGGCUGCAGGCUUGCUUCGGUGUGGUAAAAGCUGUAGGCUAAGAUGGAUAAACUAUUUGAGGCCAGACCUUAAAAGAGGCAACUUUGCUGAAGAUGAAGAAGACCUCAUCAUUAAGCUCCAUGCACUCCUAGGCAACCGGUGGUCUUUGAUAGCAGGGAGAUUGCCUGGUCGUACAGACAAUGAAGUGAAGAACUACUGGAAUUCCCAUUUGAGGAGAAAGCUAACAAAUAUGGGUAUUGAUCCAAACAACCAUCGUUUGAACCAAAGGGUUCCUCGUCCUCAAACUCAACUUGUAUCUGGUGGUAGUGACACAUCUUCUGGAUCAAAGACACAUAUUUUUCAGCCAUGUAAGCCAGUAAAAUCUCAAGGGGAUAAUGAUCAGGUCUCUGAUGCUGGAAGCUGCCUAGAGGAUGAUACCUGCAACUUGCCUGAUUUGAACCUUGAUCUUACUAUUAGGAUUCCUUCUCCUUCACUUGCAGUGAUGGAAGAAAGCCAGCAAUUUCCAGAUUCAAAUAUUGCUGGGGAACCUGAAUGUGCCCCUUCUUCCACACUUCUUCUCUUUAGGUAAUAUUAUACUUCUUAUGUCAGAAAAUUAGAUUAGAUUAUGAGAUUUAGUAAUCUUCAAGUACAAAGAUUCUAAGGCAUUCGCAUUUGUUAGGGUGUCUCUUUGUGGAAGGUCGAAUAAGUGAUAAUAUGUAAUCAUUGUUGCAUUUAAGAGAAAGGAUAGUGCCAGCAAACCACCCAUAUCUAGUGGUUUGUUUCAGUCUCUCUUUUGAUUCAUGAAAUUUAUUACUUUUACUGUGGCAAA